GAAGGGACACUUUCUACAGUCAAUCCACACAUUCUCUCAAGAGGAGAAGGAAUUGAUUUUAAAAAGAUCGACUCGAGUGGUUCUGGAUUGGACGUUUUUCUCUCCUCAUUCUGAAGCAUGUCUCAAAGGAGUAAAACAUCUUCAAAAGAAAGCUCCUCUCAUUCUCCAUCCACAUCAGACUCUCAUCCUCCACGCUCUGCUCUGCAUAACUCCUCCAAAGACUCGAAGACCUCCAGUCACAGGGGCUCAUCUGGCAGCCAAGGACCCAGCGGCAGUAGAUCAUUCAGCCAGAAUUCUGCUAUUGCUGCGGCUUAUACACAGUACCUCAAUGCUCUCUUUGGACAGGACAGAGAUUUACUGCCAGAGGAACUAGAUGAGCUGCAUGAAGCAUUUAAAGAGUUUGACUAUGACCAGGACGGGUAUCUGCACUACAAAGAUGUCGCAGACUGCAUGAGAACCAUGGGAUACAUGCCAACAGAGAUGGAACUGAUUGAGAUCAUUCAGCAGAUAAAAAUGAAAUGGGGAGGUCAUGUGGACUUUGAUGAUUUCUGUGAAUUAAUGGGGCCCAGGAUGCUGGCUGAAACCGCUCAUAUGGUGGGUCUAAGGGAGCUGCACUGUGCUUUCAAACAGUUUGACUCUGACGGUGAUGGACGGAUCACCUUUGAGGAGCUGAAGGAGUCCACAAAGACGCUGCUCGGGGAGAAACUGAAGAAGGGAGAACUGGAAGAAAUUCUGACAGACAUCGACCUCAAUGGAGAUGGGACCGUGGACUUUGAUGAGUUUGUCAUGAUGCUGUCUCUCCGAUAGCUGGAUGUUUGCUGUUUUUUCAUACCUGAGAGUUCAGUCAAACCUGUCAUGUCAAAGUUGAUAAAUACACUGUGCAUAAACUGCGGAUAUUUAUGUAGAAAUGUAUAUAUUUGUAUUCAAUAAAGGUCUGAAACUGUG